AUGCUGAAAAGCCAACAGAAGGUAAUUGCAGAUUUGCAGCAAAAGCUUACCGAGCAGCAGAAUACACUGAUUAACCAGCAACAAGAAAUUCUGGAACAGCAGAUGAAAAUGUACACUCAAAUGGACAUGAUAAAAAUUCAGUAUGGCAUGCUUUUUGACACAGUGAAGCAGAUGUCAUUCCAGAGUUUGCAGGAGGACAUUCAGCAGUAUUUCCAAACUCAUCUUCAAGGACUUCACAAGCAGGUCAGAAAUCAUCUCCAAACAUCCUACGCGGUGCAUAAAGUUGGAGUUGAUGCAAAAGAGACUGGUGUCAGGCAACCUUCACUGGACUGUGGCCCGUGUGAAAGUGAUGAAUUUUGCAAUUUCCAAAAGACACCAUCAUGGUGUGAAAAAUGCACUCUGUGCCCUGCUGGCUUUUUUCAAAUGUCCGAAUGUUCCGCAAAUGCUGAUCGGAUUUGUCAGGACACAGAUGAGUGCACUGAAUCUCCCAACAUUUGUGGUGAAAAGAUAAAAUGUCUGAAUACUCCAGGGGGUUUCCGGUGCCUAGGGGUGGCUGAGAAGGAUGCGGCGCUGGGACUGUGUGGCGAAGGGUAUUUCUUCAAUAAAGAAAUGCAGGAAUGCCAGGCCUGUAUGGCGUGUGAGGAAGGAGUGGUGGCAAUGCCCUGUGCUGCCAUCAGUGACACCGUUUGUGCCGCCCCCAGAGAAAGUCGACUCUCUGAGGCCUGGGCUGCAGACGUGGCCUUACCCCACACAGAGACAGGUGACAUCCCGGUCUACUCCGGCUUUAACCUCAAGAUCGAAGGCGAACAGCCGGGGGAAAUGGGAUGGGUUGAAGACACUCACCUAGUCUUCAGGCAACACGGCCUGGUGUGGGCCGACCUCAAUUUCGCUGUGAAACACAACUGCCGGACCUUUCUCCAGCUCUCCCUGAGGUUAAAUGGCAGCGAGGAGGGGUACGAACUCGGCGGGGUUCGAAUUGAGCAGCCGGAGGGCAAGUACAUCCAGAGCACCACGUUAAGCAGUUCGGCUGAGGUAGAACCCAGCCAGACCCUCUCGGUGACCCUGAAGAGCCCAAAUCAGUUCUGUAACCGGAGUAAAGACUUGAACGUGUACAACCUCAGCACAUCCCUCAGUAUCUUCUGGUUGUCCCACGACACGGGGGCUGUGGCCAUGAGCGCCCAGAUGUCAACCGCAGUCCACUACCAAACGAACCACCGCCCAACUUUUAAAAUCACCUCGGUGUCUGACCCGUAUAUGAUCAGCUUAUCUCACGACGGAAGAGGUAUAAAGUUCACCGAGGCAGGAGUCAUCAAGUUUGUUUUCCACCAAGCCCUGUAUUCCAUGGGCCACACGUGUGUCCGGGAAGGCUUCUCCUUGAUUUCUUACAUCACCCGCAACGGCACCCGCAUUGAACUGGGGAACGUUUUCAAGUCUGGCGUCAAUUACAGAGACACGACACUGUCAUCCUCUGGGGCCACCAAAGUCCAUGCCGGGGACCUGAUAAGCUUUGAGAUUCUGUCCCCAGCUGAGUGCAGCGUGCGCUAUUUUGGAGACAACUCUGGUGUCAGUACGUUUAGCCUCAUCUGGAUCCCGUCAGCAGUCUCUACCGCUCUUUCAGCCACUGUUUCCGUUUCAGGGUUACCCACGGGAGCUGUCAGGAACAAAGUUUUGGAUUUCAACCUCGUCACAUCCAAUGAGAACCAGAUUCGGCUGGUUUCUUCCGGACCGUUGGCUCAGAAGUAUUUCGUGUUUACUGAAAAGGGAGUCGCCAGCGUUGCUUUUAAUCUAAAGUUGAUCCACUCGUGUAAUGUAAUCAAAAUAACUCUGAACGAGCGGAUCCGUGGUCAGUCGCAAUCAGCAGUACUUGCUCAGCAAAUUGGAGGUCAAAUGCCAGAGGGAAGCCUAUGGACCAAUGUGGGUUUCCGUUCUUCUUUUGAAGUCCACAAUGGUACAAUGAUUUCUGUUUCCCUUGACUGUGUCCGUGGAAGGAUCAAUCAGAUCGCUCACGAACACGGCACUGGCAUAUCCAUUUUGUGGAUCUCAUCUCAACCUUCUUAA